GCACGCCACGGGUGACAUCACGACAGCCAGAACACGGAGAGAGCGACAGAGAUCGAACAAGAAGUAGCACAAUAAAGGAGUAGCAAGUCUGUCGUGCUGGAUCAAUCGUACACGACACCCCCCUAAUUGUUUCCUCCGGCCCAGUGCGACGCAAAUAUCCGGGAGGCACGCAGCGGGAGGUAGGUAGACAGGUCUGCUGUAGCUCACCCUGUACACUCUGCUAGGAAACACCAAGGCGGAGGAGAGCUUGGGGAGGGCGGACGAGCAGCUGAUGGGGAAUAAGGCGGCGAUCCAGCUCGAACUAUCGAACGGGGAAGCACAGGUUUUGCAGGGAGAGGCCAUGAGCGUGAACGAAGAAGGGUGCUCUGGGUUGCCAAGUGCUGCCGCGGGUGCCUCCGAUGGUAGCGGCGAUGACGAACGGGCUGACGAAAGGGCUGACGAAAGGGCUUACGGUAGCCCGGCCGAGGCAGAGGAAGAGGGAGCAGAAGUGGAGGCUGUUACCACCCUCGCCCCGGGGGAACGUGCUGAGGAAGCCAACAAUUUUUCUCGGAAUAAGAGUGAGACCUCGACGAGCGACAAUCACCCCUCGGCAGGGUCGCCACGUACCGAUGCUGUUCCGGUAAGGCCUUCGGAGCAUAUGACGGUCGCCAACAACGACAACGACGUAGUAGUAGCAGCAGCAGCAGCAGCAGCAGCAGCAGCGGCAGCAGCGGAGCCGGCUCUCCCCCCUCCACCGCCGGUUCUCCCUCCUCCAUCAGCUCCGCCAUCCGCCGUGGCCAAAGACCUUCAGCUCCCUCCUCUCAACGAUCCCUCAGGGUCUGAAGAAGCGCCAAGGAUGUCCGCCCGCGGCUCUCCCAGCAGCAGUGGGGAUCACAAAGGAGCACAGUGA